UGUGAAUGCCACCCUGUUGGUCCACUGUGCCGUCCUUCUGAAAGUCUUGUUCUGAUGAGUAGUUCCUCGUAAAUCAGGGUGUGUUAUUAACCUCCCUCGACCUGCCACAAGGUUGGUGACGCAAGUUGUCGGAUCAAAGGUGUAUAGAAGAAUCCUCUGUUCUGAAAUGACCUCCUCCAUCCGGAGGGAUUAAAGGUGUCUUACUUCGCUUACAGGUCAACAACAGCUGUUAUUAGAGAACUGUCCACUUAUCCAAUCUGCUUUAGGACUUUGCUGUCCUCUCAUGCCCACUAACUCCACAUAUAUCCAUCAGGACCACAGCGUCAUACACAAUAUUAAAUGAACCUGCAAAGUUCUGCUGUAACAAACUUUAACUGACUUUAAGUGUCUGAAUGUAGGAUUAUUCCACUGCACCCAAAACUAUGAAAAAUUAAAAAUGCUUUGAACCUAAAGUUGUAAACUGAUACAACUGCUGUUCAGUGUUGUUUUAUUGCUCCUGCAGGGCUCAAUCGAGGCUCAAAAUAUAUAUUUAAGUCGGAGUCAAAGGUCUCACUGCUAAUCCCCAUUUUACCGGAGUGGAGAGAAAUCCGCUUUCAAAUGAGAUUAAUCGGUCAUUUUGUGUCUUGACCUAAUAAGCUGAUAGUUUUAGUUACAGUUCAGAACAAGUUUACUCGUGCUUGCUCGCACAAGUAUAAAAGCUAAAGUCAUGUGUGCUCCAUCAGUCGCCCCAGGAGGCUGCAAGUGUCCAGAGAGGCUGACUGCCGGUGACAGGCCUGCGACAUCAGAAUGGCAGAGGAGUGGGGAAAGCAGGUGUUUGCUGCCAGGCGACACCAUGAAGACACAACAAGAGGAUCUGCUUUCACUUACACUAACAGCAAUCACACCAGAGAUCCCUUUGAGGGUCCCAAUUACCACAUUGCCCCUAGAUGGGUUUACAACCUUUCAACAGUUUGGAUGUUUUUUGUGGUCAUCGCUUCAGUCUUCACCAACGGCCUUGUCUUGGUGGCAACAGCAAAAUUCAAGAAACUUCGUCACCCUCUGAACUGGAUCUUAGUUAAUCUUGCUAUCGCUGACCUUGGAGAGACAGUUUUUGCCAGCACAAUCAGUGUAUGCAACCAGUUUUUCGGUUACUUCAUUCUGGGUCAUCCGAUGUGCGUCUUUGAGGGUUAUGUUGUCUCGGUUUGUGGCAUUACUGCUCUCUGGUCCCUGACUAUCAUCUCCUGGGAGAGAUGGAUUGUUGUGUGCAAACCUUUUGGAAACGUCAAGUUUGAUGCCAAAUGGGCCACAGGUGGAAUCGUAUUCUCCUGGGUUUGGUCAGCAGUGUGGUGUGCUCCCCCCAUCUUUGGAUGGAGCAGGUACUGGCCUCAUGGACUGAAGACUUCUUGUGGACCUGAUGUUUUCAGUGGAAGCGAAGACCCUGGAGUCCAGUCCUACAUGAUUGUUCUUAUGAUCACGUGUUGUUUAAUUCCUCUGGCCAUCAUCAUCUUGUGCUACCUCGCAGUCUGGUUGGCAAUCCGUGCUGUUGCCAUGCAGCAGAAGGAAUCCGAGUCAACCCAGAAGGCUGAGAGAGAAGUAUCCAGGAUGGUUGUAGUCAUGAUUGUGGCAUAUUGUGUCUGUUGGGGACCUUACACCUUUUUUGCCUGCUUUGCGGCGGCAAACCCUGGAUAUGCCUUCCAUCCUCUGGCUGCUGCCAUGCCUGCAUAUUUUGCCAAGAGCGCCACCAUCUACAACCCCAUCAUCUACGUCUUUAUGAACCGACAGUUCCGUGUGUGCAUCAUGAAGCUCUUUGGCAAAGAAGUGGACGAUGGCUCUGAAGUGUCCACAUCGAAGACAGAAGUCUCCUCUGUGGCUCCUGCAUAAGCAUCCAUGUUCUCGCUUUUGUAAAAGAACCAUUAUCAUUUGUACAUUCAUUAUUUAUUGUUUUUGUUUUUUUAGUAAACAUAGGUUUCUGGCAAAUGGAAAAACAACAAAAAAAACAGUAAAGGAUGCAAUUAUAUCACUGUUUGUUUCUCAGAUGUACAUUAAAAAAACAAGCAUAUAAAAACAUUU